AAUUUUUUUGUGUGCGCUCGUUUUUUAAGUUAUUUAUUAGUUUAAAACAAGAAAACUAUAGAAAAUGCCAAAUAUUUGCAAUAAAAUCAAUGAAGCAGUGUAACAUCCAUUUCUAUGGGGCACUCAACAAUUUUGUUCAACAGCAAAUGGCAACAAAAAACAACGGUUAAUUUUCAGUUUUAUACUGAAUUAAAAAUUUAGCAAUUGAAAGUGAAUUUAAUUAGAAACAAAGCAAUAUAAAGCAACGGCAAAACAAAAUGCCUAUACGCAUGCAUUUAGUGCGUUUUAUGUAUAUAAAUUUAUUACUAAGCUGCUGUUUUUGGCUCUACGACAAUGUGGCAGCUGCAACUACAACAACAACUGCAACGAAAGUUGCAACCAAUCAGCAAGACCAGCAACAGCAACAACAACAGAUAGAAACGGAGGCGCCACUUAAGCCAGACACAAUGACGCCUGAGCCGCCAGACAAGGACAAAGUAUUGCCAAAUUACAAAAAAAUUAAGAAAAUUGCAACAGAAUUUGCGGCUGAAGAAAAAGCCCCAAUUUUAGCAUUAGAAGUAGAUAAAGUCGAAGGAGUAGCUAAAGUAGAUCGAAAUGUAGUAACAGAAGUAAAAGAAAGUCAAGUGCCCGAUAGGGAAUCGAUAAAGGAAUCAAUUGGCCAUGAGCCAACAACAACAACAGCAACAACAAGCGAAGCGGCGCCCCACGAGCUGCCCCAUAAUGAGAGUGGAGAAGAAGGCGAAAUUUCAAUAGACACGUCAGUGUUGGCGCCUCCGAUGCCUGCUUCUCCUCCUAAUGUAAAUAGCAAUUAUAAUGCAAAUAAUGCAGAUAAUGUCAAUGUCGACAAAUCGUUGGAACACACUGACAAAGCUGCCGAUGCCGCUGCCGCAGUUCAAGUGCCAAAAAAUCAAUUAAAUAAUAAUAAUAAUAAUUACAAUAAAGUGCCUAGUGUUAGUGAAAUGCCAUCCGAGGCUGAGCUGAAACCAAAGCAAAAUCAACAACAGCAACAAAAACAAGAUGAAUCUACAAAAGGCUUUCCUGAGAUCAUAACAGAGCUGCCGACUGUAACGGUUACAGAGCUGCCAUUGGAGCAUAUAAAGAACCGUUUGGAUGCAGUUAUCCUGGACAAGGCUGAGCAGGCGGCAACAGCCAGUAACAAAAGUGAUCCACGCGAACAGCAGGAGGAAAAUUCCAAGGAAUUGCCUCAGCAGGAUGAGCAAAUCUUGAAAAUAAAUGAUCCAGGAGGAGGUGUUGAUACAGAUGAAUCAAUUUUGGCUCCUGUUGAAGGCAGCAUUAACGAAACUUUGACAGCAAGUAAUGAUGGAGUUGGUCAGGCGAAUGAUAGUGAUGUAAUCACUAGCAAUUUGACCGAGGAGGUACCCAUGCCCGUAUUCUCAGAGUGGGCACAGAAGCAAAUGGAAGCUGAGGCCAGUCGAGAGCAGGCUAUGGAGUUGGAGCAACAAGUGGUUAAUAAUUCGGCUCAGAGAAGAAAUGCCACCAGUUCGGGCAAUGGCAAGCAACCCACAUUGAAAUUGCGAGCCAAAAACUAUGCCUCACCCGACUGUGGGGCCAAGAUAAUAGCCUCCAAUGCAGAUGCCACCAAUACGGGAGCCGUGUUGAGUCAUUCCAGUGAUGAGUACAUGUUGAGUACAUGCGGAAGUCGCAUUUGGUUUGUCGUGGAACUAUGCGAAGCAAUUCAAGCCCAAAAAGUCGAAUUGGCUAAUUUUGAAUUGUUUAGUUCGUCACCGAAAAAUUUUACUGUAGCCGUUUCCAAGAGAUUUCCCACCCGAGAUUGGAGCAAUGUGGGACGAUUUGCUGCGGAAGAUAAGCGCACCGUCCAGACAUUUGAAUUGCAUCCUCAUCUCUUUGGGAAAUUUGUUCGUGUCGAUAUACAUUCACAUUACUCCAAGGAACAUUUUUGUCCUGUUUCGCUAUUUCGGGUAUUUGGAACAUCGGAAUAUGAGGCAUUCGAGACGGAAAUUCGUCCAAACGAUGAACUGGAUGAUUUCUAUGAUGAUUUUGGUGGACAACAGGAUCAAGCUCAUAAGUCAUCCGGCGGUGGCGCUGGUGGUAGUGGUGGUAAUGGUGCUGGUGGUGGUGGUGCUGGUAGCGGAGGUGGUGGUAAUAUAUUUCAAAGUGCCUCCGAUGCUGUUAUGCAAAUUGUGAAGAAGGCCGCCGAAGUUUUAGUUAAGCCCACCAAAGCGUUUAAAUGGUCCAGCGAAUCGUUGCUCUGUCGCACUGCAUCAUUUGAUUCGUUUAGCUGUGCCACUUGCAAUGUCACACUGGUGGAACGUGUCAACACACUGAUAUCUUGUCAAUUUCAUCAACUGCAAUUGCUUCUCCAUCUACCCCAACUGAGGGAGGAUCUGCUAAAAAGUCAAAUCUGUGAAGAGGAAUAUGGCAUAAGUUUGACCAGCGCCUCACUCACCUUUACGUGGGCCAAACGAAAGAGUUACUAUGUUAGUAUGUUGCCGCCAGAGCAAGUUGGAGCCCUAUGCAAGCUUCUACAAGUGGAACACAAUAUAACAGUGGAGCAGCAACCAGCAACCUUAGAGAAACCACUCGAUUUGCCGCGAAAGGAAGAACAGAUUAACUUAAAUGCUCCCGAGAUAAGCCAGGAAAUUGCCCAAGAAGAAAAACCCGUUGAAUUUUUAUCCCAAAGCUCAACUCCCAGUUUGGAAUUACUUAAUCCGCAGACUAUAAAUAGUCAAGAGUUGCCUGUUAAGGAGACGCCUUCGAUUUCUGAUCAACCAAUUGCCUCUAAGCCCAGCCAACAAUUACCUCCAACACCAGCAGAUGUCAAUAUCUUUAAUGUGCCGCCUGUCCUAGAGGAAGCUCAGGCUGUUCCAUCUCCAACCCAAGAACCUCCAGCUCUCUUGGGCACAGAGGCGAGCAGCACUGAAGAUAGCUCAACAGUAGCCGCUAGCACCUCAAGCACCACAGAGACAGCAUCUAGCAGCUCGGAUCUGGCCAUUGAGGAAACAAAUCCAGCCAAUUGGGAGAGUAUUGAUAAUCUUCUAACCACAACGGUGGCAUCGAUAACAGCUGGCGGUGGAGCAGCAGCAGCUGCUGCUGCUGUUGUCAAUGGCGGAGGCGGAGCCACUGUCGGUGGUGCUAUACCAGCCGGUUCCAAUGGUGUCAACCUACAACAAAAGCUCACAAAUGGAGCACAGUCGGAAAGUGUCUUCAUAAGGCUCUCAAAUCGCAUUAAGGCUCUCGAACGCAAUAUGUCGCUGUCUGGCCAGUACUUGGAGGAGCUAUCGCGUCGCUAUAAGAAGCAAGUGGAGGAACUACAACAGACUCUAACCCAACAGACGCUAACAGUGCGCUCCCUGGAGGAUCAAAGUCGUCGCUAUAUUGAGCAGGAGCAACUCUAUCAGCAGCAAAGUGCCGAAUUGGCCGGUGAGGUGCGUGCUCUAACCUACCAAGUGCAGGCUUGCAUACUGGUGAUCAUUAUCGUGGGCACUUGUAUAUUCCUCAUGCUGGUAAUGGGCACAGUCUACUAUCGCAAAUUGCGUCGCCAGACCCAACAGUUACUGCCAACAGCAGCAGCAGCUGCCACAUCGCCAUCUAAGCAAAAGCUGAAGCUAAGUCGUCGCAAAUCCUAUGAACAAAUGACGACCACGACGACGGGUGAGUCCCAACAAUCGCCGGCGAAACAGCGUCGUCCUAGCGAAGAGGCCAUGCUUAUACUUAAGGAAUGCGGCGAUAGUUCAUCAAAUGCUGAAGACCCUUCCAUGAGGCAACGAAAGAUAUCCGUUUGCUAUGGCAGUAAUAAUAAUAUCGCAGCCAAUAUGCUAAAUGCCAGUGCUCGGGCGUCGCUUCACAAACGUAAGGGAGCAAAAAAUUCAUGGCAUAAGGAGGAAUCAGUUACAGAUAAAUUCUUCGAUGUGGAUACAUUAAAAAGUCUUAAGCAACAGCCACCACAAAUCAAAGCCAAUAGAAAGAAAUCUCAGCCAAUGGGAGUAGGAAAUGGCCUUAAACGACAAGAAUCUGCGCCAGCCACUUACUCGCCGCUAGAUGAACACUCCGAGGAGCCAUCUCAGACGGAUUACGAUGAGAGUUUGAUACUUGACGAUGAUGAUUUGGCCAAUUUUAUACCAACCAGCGAUUUGGCUUACAAUGAAUUCAUGCCUGACGGUCCAUCGGGCUAUCAGAUAUUGGAUACAGUCGAUGGCAAAGUAGAUCCCGUCCAGGAGAAUAACGCCAGCAACAAUUCGGCGAACAAAAAAACACGUCGAUUGUCCUCGCCAGGUUUCUUUAAAUCCCCGUUUGGCAAGAGCAAGAACAAAGGUGGCAGUUUUAAUGGUGGCAUCAAAAAUAGCCAUUCAGCCCAUGAGGCCACCUCCUGGGAAUGGUAUCGCUUGAAACGCAAUGAAAAGCAUCAACAGAAACUGGCCGCUAGAAUGAACGCCAAUAGUUUGGAUAGUGCAUCGCUGUCAGAAGUUCCAUUUCCGUUAACAUCAACGGAAAAUUCAUUUCGCAUACUUGGCGAGGCCAUCAUCUCGUCCGGUGAGAGUGUCAAUCACAAUGGAAAUGGCCUAAUUCAAAAGAUUCCACUACCCACGAGCAGUAAUAGCAGCAGUGGUGGCAGUACCACUUCAUCCACCACAAAGAAAAAACAGCGAGCGUUUAAUAAUCUGUUUCGAAAAGUCUUUUGAUGAAUGUUUUAUUCAGCUUAACUUAGUUGUUUAGCCAACUGAUAAUGCCCAGUUAUUAAUUAACAAAAACGAUUGUUUAUAUAGAGUAUACUUAACUUUCCGCUAACUUCUUUUUAACCAUUGUGUUCACCUUCUUUGAUGAAACAAAAAUGUAAAAGAUACAAAAUUGUGUCGGGAUAUUACAAUGGAAUUUCCCAACAAAU